UGGACAAUAGGGAAGCACCGGUAUAUGUGUUGAGAAAUUUGAUUGAAAAUAGCGACGAUUUAGUUGAGAAACAAAAAUAUACUGAAGAGUUGGAGACUAUACUGAAUGGUCGCGAAUACGUGGAUAACGUGUUCAAUAAAUACGUGAAUAGUAUUCAACACUUAAUGCCAAACAUCGCAACCAAUGCUAUACUCCAUACGAAACAAGAGCUCAAUAAUAGACACUGUUAUCAACAACUGGUCGACACUUUCCAUCAAAACUGCUUUAAUUUGAAUCAAAAUCCAUACGUGUUAUCAAAACUGCAAAUAUUUGUGAAUAUUUGCGAACAAAUGCGUGACUCGAGUGAUGCGGACAUUGCUAAA